AUAAUUCAAAAUGACGCAUGCGUUGCUAAAUUUUUACUUGCCAAAAAAUUGAUGAGCGAAUCGAAGGUGCAGACAAACGGAGAAAAAGGCGAACUAGUAGAAUUGUGUGAAGUAGUGUGUAAAUUGCGAAUUAACUAAAAUUUUUAACAAGUUUUUCGUGAUCUAUAAAGUAAACUGAUAAUUUUUGGCAAAGUCGCGAAAAGGAAGGGCGUAAAAGCGACGCCGAAUUUAUAAUUAGGAAAGUGGAAAAGGCAGAAGAAAAUUACAGCAGCACUAUUGGCAGGGGCAGAAGCGUGUUGGUAGCCUGUGAAGAAAAAAACAAAAGAAAAUCAAAGAAACACAUCAAUCGUCGAACACGGACGUUUAUAGUGGAAAAAGAAAUAAAAUAAUAAAUAAAUAAAAGUAUACACGCAUUUUGCAUUGGAUAAUUUAGCACAUCGUUCAUAUAAAAACAGCAAAACGGCAGCGACUACAGCAACAACUACACCACCAGCUUCGACAAUGGAGAAGCCGAAGGAAUUGGUCAUUCAGCCAAAAAACGAAUUGCGCUUUAUAGGCCCAUUUACGCGUCCUGUAAUUACUCUUAUGAAAAUAUACAAUCCAACAGAUAAUAUUAUACUGUUCAAGAUCAAAACGACCGCUCCGAAACGCUAUUGUGUGCGUCCGAAUUUCGGUUCUCUCGAACCACAUAUGGAAGCCAGAAUUGAAAUUUGCUUACAACCGUUUGUGUAUGACCCCAAUGACAAAAAUAAGCAUAAGUUCAUGGUGCAGAGUCUGGUGGUGCAGGAUCGUUCUGUCGAAGACUUGAACAAAUUGUGGAAAGAAUCGGAACCUCAACAGUUGAUGGAUGUUAAAUUGAGAUGUGUAUUCGAGAUGCCAACUGUAACGUCAGCCGCAGAUAGCAGCGGAGGUUCAGGUACUAACGAAAUAGUGAAGGAAACCUCAACAAAAGUUGAUUCAGAAAAUAAAGCAGUUCCAUUUCGCGAAGAGAAAGUUUCAAAUGUGCAGCCAUCGGAGCAACGUGAGGAAUUAUUGUCCGACAUUAGACGUCUGCGAGAAGACAAUGAAAAAUUGCAAAGAGAGAAGCGUCAUCUUACGGAUGAAAUCGUCAAAAUUCGGGAUUCAUAUUCGAAACCGAUGUACGAUCAGGCCUAUACACCGAUACUGGGCGAGAAACAAAUUCCGGUGUUCUAUAUAGCGUUGUCGAUUGUUGCGGCCAUUUUUGGAUUUCUGUUUGGCAAAUAUUUUUGAAUGCAUACAACGCAAGCAAACUUUGAAGUGCGGGAAUGUUUAUCAACAAUAAAAACAAAAAAACAAAUUAAAAACCGCAAGAAUAUGCAACAGAUAAACGAUGAAAACGAAACUUAAAAUACAUAUUUAAAACCAUCAAAUUUGAUGAAAACAGUAAAAAUAAAAGCAACAAAUAUUAAAAAUGAAAUGAGCAAAUGAUUAAAGGUAAACAACGUUAAAGCAUUAAAGAAUAUUGUUGAAAGAUUAUUUUGAAAUGACAUACGUAAAUGGACAUAAGUAGACAAAGGCGUGUAGGAACCCGAGCAAAAUCAGUUGAUCUAAAUAAUAUUAUGAUUUACAUGCGCGCUAAAAAGCAGUAAAAUUUACCACAUACACAUAUGCAUAUAAAAAAAGCCUGCAAAUGUAUGCUGCAAAGCUCUAUGUAAGGUAGACAAACUAAGGACGCUAACUUAAUGAAUGUAGGCAGGAGGAGUAUAGUGUGUGUAUGAAAACUUGCAGAAUCUACUUUUGGUAUGGUCACAACACAUCGAUUGAGCGCUGGCACGGCAUUUAUUCAUAACUUUACAAUGUAGCACGUGAAAAGAAUCAAACAAUGAACUACGUCAAAAACAAACAUGUAACAGACAAAAGAAAUUAAUGAAUAAUAUGAAAAAUAUACACUAUAAAGCAUUAGGUUUAACAAUUAAUAUUUUAUUUUACUCUUUUUUUUAAUCAUGGGCGUACCGUAUAGUAGAAAUGAAAUGCUGUAGCAAUGUCUUCUAUAGCGAGACUAUUACUGAAUAGAAUAAAUAAAAUACUAACUCGUUUGCCUUUUACAUACAAAAAUAAAUAUACGCAUAUGUAUGCGAUAUUAAUCUCUUAAAUAAAUGUUGAUUAAUUGAGCGCUUUCCAAGUUAAUUCAUAAUUCAUUUAAACUUUCACUGAUCGAUAACUUAGGUACGUGUUAAUUUGGGGUACGUGUGACCCCCUUACUAAUUUCCUGUGAUCUUUGUGUUUCAUUUGCGCUUUUUGUUUACUUUUCUAUUUUCUCACUUCUCUAAUAAACACAUUCACAUACAAAUUGAGUUCGAUUACUGAAAUAGGUACCAUUUGCCUAACUAGGUAUAUAUUAAUAGUUAAUUCAUGUUGCCAGUUUUUCUAGUCUAUGUUUGCAUACACAUACUACUCCGUAGAAUAUACGCUUUUGUUUUAAUCCGUUUUACUUCGAAUUACUUUUUAGCUUUGUUCCAAACUUUAUGUUACUAUAAGUGUAUGUUUUUGUUGAAAUGUGUAUAUUUGUCUCGUACUAAUUUCUCAAAUUUAAGCAAAGUAAUACAACAUUUUAAUAACAGUAUUGGUCAGUUUUUCAAUGCAAAAAUUGUGGUGAAUUUUCAAACUGAUCGGAACUCUGCAAUAUUGGAUCUUUAAACUGAGUUUAGCUACAAAGUAGGCUUAAACUUACUAUACAUCUACAACAAGUCAACCAAAUUUUUUUGUUCUAAAGAGUUCUUGAUUUCUCUCUUUUCUGUAAAGAAAUUCUCUAUUUAGUUGCAUAUAGAAUAAAAACUAUAUACAACCCUUGCUUUCACGUCUACGACAUUGUAGAAAUUCAAUCUCAAAACCCUACGCAAAACAAAAACCAAACUGAAAAAUUAAAAGCAUCCGAAUGAACUACAAUAACGCUGAACGCUUAAUUUUGCUGUGAGUUUACAGCAACACAAAGAUUUAA